AACUGAGAAGAGAAUGAAAGCUCAGUGAGGAAGAAAAGAAGCAAAACCUGCCCGGUAGCUCUCUCCAUCUCUCUCUCUCUCUCUCUCUCUCUCUCUCUCUCUCUCUUCAAUGUAUUAUCUGAUGAGAGAGAAGAAGAAGCUAUUACACGUUUUCUCCUAUUCGAUCCACUAAUCUCUCUCUGCAUUUCCGAUCUACACAACAACACGCACAACACUUGACAAUGCUCGCAGAUCCGAGUUUUUUUAUUCAGCUCCAAGCUCCUUUUUCUCUUCAGUUUCGUUGCAAAAUCGAGAUCUCAAUCGCUUCUUCACGAGCUGUGUCGAGUUGGUGUGAGUGAGUGAGUUCGUGUUUUCAAGGCGUUUGACUUCGGUGGCGACGGUAAGUCAAGGCUCGAAAUGACAACUCUGUACUUGUAGUUUGAACUCAGGACCGAGUCUUUUAGAGUUGAAUUAGGGUUUUGUUUCGAGUAGCUGUCGCUUUCGGGAUCACAAUCUGACAAAUCUGGGGUUCUAGUACAUGGCUUUGGCCUUGAAUUCUUUGUUUUUUGUGUAGAUAUGGCUUCACAUUUGAACUGGCACUGGAAUUCCAGCUAUGCCGUCAAUUACCAAGACUGGGUUUUGACUCAAUUUGAUGCAAUUUUCGGAUUCGUGUAUGGAAAUGGAAGUGAAUUUCAUGAAAUCUUGAUAUCUAUCAAUGGAGAGUUGAGUUUGGUUUUGAUUAUCAAAGGGUAAUAAUAAUUGUAUCAUAUGAUUUGCAAGUUAUUAGUUUUAGGAGGGAUCAAGAGGUUUAAGUUAUUUAUACUACAAACUAUAGCUUGAUUACAUUCUGGUUUUCAUGGGUUGUUGUUGUUGUUGUUGAUUCCAUUUGGGUUGUAUGGAAGGUUUGGAGUGAUAAUUAUAGCACAGUAAAAUAGGGUAGUGAAAAUGCCUCCUUCUCCGGCGAUGAGAUGCUCCCCUGGGAGGGAGCUUAGAGGGGACAAUCACAAAAGAGGGCGCAGUCUUGAGGCCGGAAUUCUAUUCCGCGAGAAAGAUGAUGAUCUUGCCCUCUUCAAUGAGAUGCAGACCAGAGAAAAAGACAGUUUCUUGCUUCAAUCAAAUGAUGAUUUUGAAGAUAUAUUUUCUACAAAGUUAAAUUACUUCUCAGAUUAUAAGCUUGGAAUCUCCAUUCCUGGGCGAGGUGAGAGUAGUGGCCUGCUUAAUGCGGAUGGGGAGAAAAAUGACUACGAAUGGUUAUUAACUCCUCCUGACACCCCUCUCUUCCCUUCUCUGGAUGAUGAGAUGCCUCCGGUUACACUUGCUCAGAGGGGAAGACCUCAAAGUCAACCCAUCACAAUCUCAAGAUCAUCCACGAUGGAGAAGAAUCGCAAAAGUAGUAGAGGUAGUCUGAGCCCAAAUCGCUUAAGCCCUUCUCCACGGUCUGGGAAUAGUACUUUCCAUACGAGGGGAAGCCCAUCUUCAGCAGCUCAUUCUAGUCCAACUCCUAGUGUUUGCCAUGCUACCCCAUCACAGAGACCAUCUCCCCCACCAAAUAAACCAUCAACACCUGCUCCAAGGUCUUCGACACCGAAUCCUCGGAGGAUAAGUACGGGGUCUGGUGGUACUGUAUCUUCAUCUGGGAUAAGGGGUACCUCCCCUGUGAAUAAAAGUCGAGGAAACUCGGCAUCACCAAAAAUAAGGGCAUGGCAAACAAAUAUUCCUGGUUUUUCCUUGGAUGCACCUCCUAAUCUACGUACUUCAUUGGCUGAUCGACCAGCAUCAUAUGUGAGGGGUUCCUCACCUGCAUCCCGAAAUGGUAGGGAUUCAUCUUCCAGAGGCAGACAGUCAAUGUCUCCAACUGCUUCUAGAAGUGUCAGUUCAUCACAUAGUCAUGAUCGGGACCGAUUUAGCUCCAAGAGUAAAGGUUCUGUUGCAUCAUCUGGUGAUGAUGAUGUAUACUCCCUACAAUCUGUUCCUGUGAGUAGCUCAGACUGCUCAGCUUCAAGGAGAGUUGGUGCAUUUCCGAGUAGCAGAGCUCCAGCCUUUUCCAAGAAGCCCACUCGAACAGGGCUAUCAAGUUCUGCUCCAAAAAGAUCUUUUGACUCGGCACUUCGACAAAUGGAUCAUCGGAAAGGUCCUCAAAAUAUGUUCAGGCCACUCUUAUCUAGUGUGCCCAGUUCCACCUUUUAUGUUGGAACUGCAAGUGCCGCACAACGUGCUUUGAUAUCUAGGAACUCCUCAGUCACAACUAGCAGUAAUGCGAGUUCUGAUCAAGCAACAAGUGGUGCACAUGAUACUGAAGGGAGUGACCAGAACCAGGAUGAUAUGGCUAGCGAACGUGGAAAGGCACAAUAUCCCAAUUUUCAGGAUGACAUAUUUACCUUUGAGAAGGAAGAUGGUGUAAAUGAAGAUAUCAGUCCUGGAAUCCGGGAUGCAUCACCUAAUGUCGAUCGUGGUAAUUUUAGUGGAGGUGGUUCUCAACUUGGUGGCUCUGAAAAUUUUGACUACCAUGGCACUCCUAUAGCUAUCACUGCAACUUCUGAAGUUUUGGAGGUCGAGGGUAUUCCUGAAGUUGAUAGUAUUGAAGAUAUGGCAAUCUGUUCUAAAUGUGGCCAUGGGUAUCGCUUCAUGGAAUUAACAGAUGGAGAUUUGAAACUUUGUCCAGACUGCAGGUCAGAUGGACCUUUGACUGCCGCUAGUCCAGUGCCAACCGAAAUAAUUUCCAAGAACUCACCAACUCUGUCGAUGAAAAUUUCAGAUGAACGUAUGGCAAUUAAUGCAAUGGAGCCUCUAAUAGACAUACCUGAAUCUUCAGAAGUGACUAAUAUAGUUGAAGCAAGGGCUGCCCAAUAUGAGGAACAUGUUCAGGAAGGCCAGACUUCCUAUGCUGAACCAAGCCUCAAUUUAUCAUUGGAAAAUUCUAUUGCACAGAAAUUGGCAGAGGAAGAUGUGGGAAGGUUAGAAAACCAGCAAGUGAUAGGCCAACCAACUGUAGGCUAUAACCCAUCCAAUGGUGACACUGGGGCCCAGCGAAUAUGGCACUCAAAACACUAUCCGACUUUAAAGCUAGAUGUUUCAGAAGGUGCAGGCAUUUCCAUACUACUGAAGAGGUCAAGCAGCGUCAAAGGGCCUGUUGUUCAAGGCAGGACUUUCACUGCCUCUAGUAUUUCUUAUGAUGAUCUGUCCUAUGUGAGAGAUGGGGCACAAAGCAUGAGAAGUUCCCUUGGACAGGGCAGUGCCUCUGCAUCAUCCUCUGUGGACUUGGGCUCAGCUAGGCAAACAGAGACUCGUGUACAGUGGCAGUUAAGUGGAAAGAAAUCUGACAUUGAAACUUACAGGUCUGACAUAAACAUGAAGCACCAAUGCACAGGGUCAUCUUUGUCUGGAACUUGGAAUCAAACUUCCCAAGGUUUGGAUUCAGAAAGUGCAGGAAUAGAUGAUACAUGCACUCAAGUUGUAUGCAACAAUUACGACGGAACAAUGGUUGACCCUACAUCAGAAUUGUUGACCAAUACUUUAAAUGUCCAUUCAGGAGACAGUUCGGUUGCUUCUUUUUCAAAUGUUGAAGUUUCUGCUUCUUUUGGGAACGGUGAAGACUUCCAAAAUGACGCAAAGAGUAUCUCAGAUCGAGAAGAGCCUUCUACAUUAGAGGAAGCUACAUUGCCAAAUUCUGUUGUUGAUAGGGUGAAUGUUGUAGAGGUUCCCAAUCAGAGCUCAUUGGAUACAAUAUCAGAAAUAGAAACUGAAAAUGGUCAUCUGGGUAUGCCUGGUUCCGAGUCUGAUGUUGGUUCCCCAGAUACAAGGAGCACCAUAGAUGAGUUACCAGAGCCUUCUGUUGCUACUGCAUUUGAUAAGGAUAUAACUGCUUCAGUUGCAGAGCAUGACACCUCGGAUCAUGCACAUGGCAUCUUUGAGGAAUCAACUGUAACGGUGGAGGGCUACGGUGGAACCAAACCAAGAAGCCUGACGUUGGAGGAAGCAACCGAUACAAUACUCUUUUGCAGCUCUAUCAUUCACAAUCUGGCUUACAAAGCUGCAUCCAUAGCAAUGGAAAAGGAAAACUCAGUCCCAUUGGAGGGCUCAAGACCAAUGGUGACCAUUUUAGGAAAUUCCAAUUCCGAUACAAAGGACCCACCACGUGGCAGAAUUCCAGGAAAACGCACUUCCAAGUCCCAUAAAGUGAGUCAGAGACAGGAGGAGACCGACACAAAACCGCCUUUUGACAACAACAUUGGCAGUGACGAGAAAGUGGACGUAUCUACUACACACAUUGUUGGGGUCCCCAAUAAGGGCGAUAGUAUGAAGCCUCCAAAGCUGGAGUCCAAGUGCAAUUGCUCAGUAAUGUGAAAGCCAACCUUCUCUGCCAUCUCUUGGUGCACCCUCUAUCCCUUGUUUUUUUCUUUUCAUUUUUGGGGUUGUUUUAAUGUUUGCCAAUAUGCGUUUUGAUUGGUUCAGAUUUUUUUGUAAGGACAGCUGUCCUAUUGGUGACAUACGAUCGAUCGAUGUAAAGUUCUAAUUUUUAUUAGGCUGAUAAAUAGUGAGAGGCCUUGGAGGCUUGUGUUGAGACUGCUCCAAUUUGCCCUAUUCUUGUUAGUCAAAUUGUAUUUGUUUCCUAGUGUCCCCCAUUAGAGAGAAGUGUGAAUUCAAACCCAAUUCAUUCAUAUUCAUUGUGCUUGUUGCGUAUAUAAUGCCUUCAUUUAUUUUGGUUCUUGGCUCAA